CGAGCGCUUUUGCGGGGACCGCGACACUCGCUCUCUACAAGUGUAGCGUAGAGCGAGUCCGGCCAGCGGCCACGACGCACGUUAGUCUCGAUUCCGCGCGCGCGCGAAACGAUCUCUCGGUAUUUCCAAAAAAUCGGCGCAACCGAUUUUCUCGCUUCUUUUUUUUUUGCGAAACAAGUCGCAAGAUCGGUAUUAUCUAAACUGUGUGAGUGUGGUCCAAAAGUGGUACGACGAGAUGCUGUUCGUUGCGGCGCUUGCAGUCUGCUGCGCAUCGGCUCUGGCGGCCGGUGGCUACCAUGGAAACCCCCGGGAAGUCGUGUUUCCGGGACCGAUUUCAUCGAGGUCCAACGGCGGCGCCGCCGCCGCCGCGCCCGACAAUCAGCUAGUGAGAUCGUUAGAAUUAGCUAAGCAGAUCAACAGGGUGCAGUCGGUCGAGGAGUUCUACAAGCUGAUCAACGUCAUUCCCUCGGAGCUGUCCUAUUCCGUUGGCUCAGUUACAGAUCGUUUCGGCGGAGCUGAACGCUCGAACGCGAUAGUUGCGAAACAAGCGGUAUGCAUGCCGGAGCUGCAGGUGGUACCGGUCCUGGAGAAUCCGGACCCCGCGGCUGUCUACUACCCCAGCUGCGUGCGCAUCAAACGCUGCGGAGGAUGCUGCAACCACGAGCUGCUCUCCUGCCAGCCCACGGCCACCGAGAUACGUAAUUACGAGAUCCACGUAACGAAGAUCGAAGAAGACUUGGGCCAGUAUAAUGCCUUCAAAGAAAUCGUGCCGCUCGAGGAGCACACUGCCUGCAAGUGCCAUUGCAAAGUCAAAGAGAAGGACUGCUCGGAAAAGCAGUACUACAGCGAGCACGAGUGCAGGUGCAUAUGCAAGAACCUCGACGAGGAGGACAAGUGCCGGCAGCAGAACGAGAAGAAGUACUGGAACGCAAGCAGUUGCUCGUGCCAGUGUCGCAAGGUCGAGGAAUGCUCCACCGGCUUUUUCUUCGAUCAGAACCUAUGCAGCUGCAAACCCCUGCCGAUCUCGAGGCACUGGUUUAGCGACGAGAGGAGAACCGGUUAUAACUUCAGGCAGCCUACUGGAAAACCCAAGGAGACACCGCCCGUCAUUGUCACCCUGGACGCCAGCGAUCCCAGGAGAAAACACAAAGAGGAUCCCGAGUACAAGUGAACUUGGCCUGCGUCGACAUUGAUUUUGCGCUCGCAAUGACUCUUCUCCGUCUAUUUUCGUGCAAACAUAUUGUGCAAUUUUCAACACUUUUCGAUCAUCGGGAAUAUCGCAGUUGACGAAGGAAUGCAUAUGGUACGCGCGAAGCCACGCCUAAACUAACGGUACUUCCGCACGAAUUAAUAAGAAGCGCAGUGAAAAAAUGUCCGCCGCAUACGAUCGGAAUACAUUAUUAUUACAAUCCCACACUGCACUUUAUCGCUUCGGAAUUCAGAUAAGCACUUUAUACACUUGCGAAGGAGAUACAAGCCCAGGUGCGAGAAGAAACGUCGGCAAUUCGCCGUAUUUUACUUUGCACAUAUCAUUAUCGCGACUCGAUAUGUUGUGCGCUCCCGUGUUCGUCGCCUUUUUAAACGCGCGCAUACACUUUUUUUCGAAGCGCGACUGCAUUUGUAAAUAGAUUUUUUCAUUUUGUAAACGACGCGCUAAUCGCUUCUAUAAAAAUGAUUGCGUCACGUUUGUAAUACAUUCGUCGAUCAAUAAUUUAUGGUUGCAAGGCCGAUCCGAUGGCACCGAGUACUUAAGCCUUGAAGUAUUUUAUAUAUUCCAUAUUAUACUUUGCGUCCGGUCUUCUAACGCUCGGAAGACUGCACUCUGCAGAUGAAGUUAAAGUAUUUUAAGCUGUUUGUGUACUUAUAAUGGUAUUAUAUUUUACGAGAUUUAGUUUUAAUUAUUGUGAUAUGAUCAAUGUUGUACGUUACAGUUUUAUGUUAAAUAUUUUUUAGAUAUAGAAAGCGAGCUAUGAAGUAUUUCAAAUCAUAUUUUUAGUUGAAACGCAUUGUACUUAAAUACUUUGGAUUUUAUUGUAAUAAAGAAAUGAAUUUUAUUACGCUAAAUAUUGACUACGGCGUAGUUUAUUACUAUAACUAUUGAUAAAUGUAUUUUAGAUAUAACUUUAAAUAUAUGAAUUACAUACACAUACCACUGCUAUAUGCGUUAACAUUUACAAAAUCGAAUAAUGUGAUGUAUUUGAUACUUGAAUAAUACUAUCGAAUACUUGAAAAUUCGUUCUUAAUAUACAUUUAUAAGGCACUUUUAUGAGGAAGAGAGCUCCUUAAUACAACGAUCAGAUCAUUGAAUACUUUUUACACUACUAAGUCCAAUAUUUAAUAAGGGUAUAUUUGCAAUAAUAAUUCUUUAAGACGAAUAUUUAUACCUGUUUUGAUCGAAAAACACUUGAUUGAGCGUGCUUCUAACUGUUAUUCUAACUAACAGUCUAUAAUCUCUGGAAGAAUCCAAAAACUUAUGUUUCACAGUAAAUGUUGCUAAUAGCACUAAUUAAAACAAAAUAUUGAGUACAAAAA